AUGGCCGCGGAAAGGAAACUCGCUGACUUGACAACCCAACUUGUGAAAGGUUUCAGGGAAGACGUUUAUAGCGAAGAUGCCUUGGAAAUGGUUGAAAGUACAAGAUUUUUGACUGAUCUGAAAUCCUUAGCCAUGCAGAUUCGAGAGAAAGGACAUAUUUUAUUAGGUGUUCUUAAUGCCGACAAGUUUGUUCGAAUCGCCAAGAAAAUCUCGCGAAACGUCCGCGUUGUGAAUAACCAAGAGAUAGUUCGACAAUACAAGAUUUUCGUACGAAGACUGGCAUCAAAAACAGAAGCAAUAACAAUACCAGAGUUGCAAAAGAUGGAUAGCAAGGAUUUAAUAAAAAAAUUUCUGACCAGUGGCGGUGAACUAUACGUUGGUUGUGAGAUGGUAGUUGAAGCAAUAGUUGUUGCAGCAAUCAAAAUGACUGUUGAGUCUAUUGCUGAAUCAGUUAUUUCGCGCUACAAUACGCACAACAGUAAACUAAGAAGUAUGUCCGAGGAAGCUGUGAACAAUGAGCUGUGGAUUGCCUGCAACGGCCCAGAGCUUGGUGGUGCUGAUCGCAUCUUAUCUUCAGCCUUGUCAAAGUAUUUCAGGCAUGGAAACUGGCAUUUUGUAACAAGAAAAGGAGAGCAGAGUAAACUUUAUAACAGCAAAGUUAUAAACAGAAUCAUCUCACAAGAAUCGAGAUUGCCCUUCGUUACACAAUAG